AAUUCUUCCUCUUAAAAACUUCUUCAACUUCAACCACCACAACAUUUUUUUUCGUGAACUACCAUGAACCCCUCUGCUGAGAACUAUCCCGCCGCCAUCAUCCCUGCUCAUGAUGAGGAUGCCAUGUCCGUCAUGACUGAGGAGGACCUCAUCGCCAGUCUGAGUGACAACAUCUCCUUUGCCAGCUCCACCCCUGGACAAUUUGUUGCUCCCUCUCCCCUUCGUCCCUUGGUAGCGAAUGCUGCUACAACAGUCUUGUCUUUGUCAGAGAAACUUAGACUAGAACUUCAACAGCAUGUGGAGGCUGUCAGCGCUGCUCACGCUAUGAACGAUGAGCAAGCAGCUGAAUUAGCCCUUAAUAAGGUCAGACGCGUCAAAGAAAUGAUAGAUAUAGAAAUAGCAUGCAGUCAGUACCUUUCGCCUUCUGUGAAAGUUGUAGAGAAGAGCAGUCGCACUGGAGGGUUGACUCUUAAUAGAAGAGAUCUUCCUAAGUUCCAGUUGGCAGACGAUGUGAUUAGAUCCUUCCCGAAUGAAGAGGUCUUUCACUCAGUAGACCACUUCCUUCGCACCUUCCAAAAGGUUAUUGAGUCGUCCCUUCAGGACAUUGAACUAGUUUGGAAGAGAUUUUUACCGCUCUGCUUGCCUCAUAGUGACGAUGGAUGGGUAGAGAUGGAUUUGAAGAAGUGUGUAGAUUGGAAUGCGGCCAAGAUCUGCUUUACAGCAAGACAUGGAUCGCGCUUGGUGACAUCCCGUUCGGUAAAAGAGGUAUUUACCAUGGUAAUGCUUCCUUCUGAGUCGAUUGGAGAUUACUCCAAGAAGUUCCUUCAGGCUGUGUAUGAUGCCGGCCUCCCCAAAAACGAUGCUCGUGUUGCCGACCGCUUCCUCGCUUCCUUGACUAGGCAAGUACAGACACUCUUGCGGCUCACCAUGACCAGAUUGGACUUCAAUGGCGAGACCAAAAGAGAUUGGACU